AACACAGAUCCGAUCAUGCUGAGGGUGAUGUGCCUUCAGGAUUUCUUUGGUGAUGAUGACAUUUUUAUUGCAUGUGGACCAGAAAAGUUCCGUUACCAGGAUGAUUUCUUGCUAGAUGAAAGUGAAUGUCGGGUAGUGAAAUCUACUUCCUAUACCAAAAUAGCUUCAACAUCCCGUAGGAGCACCACCAAGAGCCCAGGUCCAUCUAGACGGAGCAAGUCUCCUGCAUCUACCAGCUCAGUUAAUGGAACCCCUGGUAGCCAGCUUUCUACUCCCCGCUCUGGGAAGUCUCCAAGUCCAUCUCCUACCAGUCCAGGAAGUCUGCGAAAACAGAGGAGCUCCCAACACAGUGGCUCCUCUACCUCAUUAGCAUCCACCAAAGUUUGCAGCUCCAUGGAUGAAAAUGAUGGACCUGGAGAAGAAGUGUUGGAGGAAGGCUUCCAGGUUCCAGCAUCAAUAGCAGAAAGAUAUAAAGUUGGAAGGACUAUAGGAGAUGGAAAUUUUGCAAUUGUAAAGGAGUGUAUAGAAAGGUCAACUGGUAGAGAAUAUGCUCUGAAAAUCAUUAAAAAAAGCAAAUGUAGAGGAAAAGAGCACAUGAUCCAGAAUGAGGUAUCUAUUUUAAGAAGAGUCAAACAUCCCAAUAUUGUUCUUCUGAUUGAGGAGAUGGACAUGCCAACUGAGUUGUAUCUCGUCAUGGAGCUUGUAAAGGGAGGAGAUCUCUUUGAUGCCAUUACCUCCACUAACAAAUACACAGAGCGGGAUGCUAGUGGAAUGCUGUACAAUCUGGCCAGUGCCAUCAAAUACCUUCAUAGCUUGAACAUUGUUCACAGGGAUAUCAAACCUGAAAAUCUACUGGUUUAUGAACACCAAGAUGGGAGCAAGUCUCUGAAACUGGGAGACUUUGGGCUGGCAACAAUAGUGGAUGGACCUCUUUACACAGUCUGUGGCACCCCUACAUAUGUAGCUCCAGAAAUCAUUGCAGAAGCUGGAUACGGCUUGAAGGUGGACAUCUGGGCAGCUGGUGUGAUUACUUACAUUCUGCUGUGUGGCUUUCCUCCGUUCCGUGGAUGUGGAGAUGACCAGGAAGUGCUGUUUGACCAGAUAUUGAUGGGCCAGGUGGAUUUCCCAUCUCCAUACUGGGAUAAUGUUUCGGAUUCUGCAAAGGAACUUAUCACCAUGAUGCUUCAGGUAGAUGUAGAUCAGCGAUUCUCAGCCUUGCAAGUUCUUGAACAUCCGUGGGUUAAUGAUGAUGGCCUUCCAGAGAACGAGCAUCAGCUUUCAGUAGCUGGGAAGAUAAAGAAGCAUUUCAACACAGGGCCUAAACCCAACAGCACAGCAGCUGGAGUUUCUGUCAUUACACUGGACCACGGGUUUACCAUCAAGAGAUCAGGGUCUUUGGACUACUACCAACAACCAGGAAUGUAUUGGAUAAGACCACCGCUCUUGAUAAGGAGAGGCAGGUUUUCCGACGAAGACGCAACCAGGAUGUGAGGGGAUGUUUUAAGGCUCAGCAAGCUCCACCGGAACUCAACUCUGAAUCGGAAGACUAUUCACCGAGUUCAUCCGAGACUGUUCGCUCACCUAACUCACCCUUUUAAUAAAACACUUUUGCUCAAAGUCUUGGCUUAACCCUUUGAGAUUCUGAAAAUCCUCCCAACAUGUGUGAAAUGAUUACAUCUGAUCUAUCUAGUACUAAUGUUUGAAUCAUGGAACAGAAAAGGGUGUUUACAGUAUCUUUGUAGUAAUAAUUUCCUAACUGACUGAAAUGAUACUUGUGCUCUGUCUAGAUUGUGACUUGCUGCUAUGAUCCUCAAAGGGUUAAGACUAUUUUGCAUUUUUUUAAAGAUAAGAGCAAUGAAUGUUUUCCUCAGUCAUGCUAGGACCUGCAGUUUGUAAUUUUAGCACAUGUUAACCCUCUGAGUGCAUAAUAAUCUUAAUCUUGAUGGCCCACCCUGGGGCUUUGACUUCCCUGCACAUUCCUUCUCCCCCCCCCCCCUCCCCCCCCCCCCCCAAUCUCCUUAGUCCUUUUCCCAGCAUUCUGACCAAAACCAUAUCCAAAUCCUACUCCAUUUGAGGAGUUGCGAAUAGGGGCUCUUUAAAAUUUUGUUUUAGUGCAACGUAUUCUAUAUUUCUAUGAUAUUCUACCACAGAGUGCUGAUCUUUACUAGUGGGUACCAUACAAGUUAAUGGGAAAUGGGUGAUAGGACUGCCUCAUAACACUCUACAUUAGGUGAUGUGAUGAUACCAUCAAAAUUGUUGCUUCCACAUCAUUGGCUGCUAGUGGCUGUUGUGUAGUAGUGAUAGAGUCUUGAGAAAUGGGUAAAGGGCGCAUUCUAUCAUGCUUUGGUAUGUAAAGAUCUAGUUCUAAUACUUUCUCCUGCUACACACACAUGUACAGAUGAGGGAAAGCAAUUAGUUUAUCUAUAGCACUGGGAUUUUGAAGAGGAAAUGCUCUCAACAUAAUCAUGUUUUUUCAUAGAUACACUGAUUACAAUGAGGAGAGAGACUUUUGAAAAAGGGGAAAAUCCAACAUUAAAGGAAGGAGAAUUACCCUUACAAUAGCUACAGUAUUUAUAAGUUGGAGGAAAUACCUGUCAUGUUCAUAUUUAAGAAAAGCCAUUGGGUGAAAUCCUGCUGUCCUCGUUCACAUCAAUGAGAAUCUUAUCUUAGAGUGGGAAAAACUAAAAACUUCAUCUAGCAUAUUUGUGCUAGUAUCUACAGAGGGGGUGUGUAUGACAGAGAAAUACAUGUAAAAGGGUGUUAAACCUCAAGUCCAUACAUUAGAAUUUAAUUUCAUCCUUGUACAAAGAAAGUCUAAUUUCACAGAGAAGUUCUACAUCACAAACUUUGUUUCAGAUAGGAUAAUUUGCGUGAAAACAGCCCCACGUUCACACAAAAGUGGCCCCAGUUGAGUGAAAAAUGACACAUUUCCAAAAUUAUGAAUACAUAUAAGACCUGUGCAGAAAAAUAUGAACUUUGAUAUUUCACAUGUUGUCUCUAUGCUUUGGGUCUGUGUUCACAGGAAUACUGAUGAACACAAAGGUAAUUCUGAAGUGGAGGGCAUGUAGGAUUCAUCCAACUAUUGAUUUGUGUUCCUUAAUUACCAAUCAUUAGAGUAGCCAGGUGCCAUUUAUUUUUGCAGUCUCAAAAGAUUCACUGAUGGGCAUAUGUGUAAAUAAUUUAGGUCAAUCCUUUUCUCUUCUUUAUGAUGUGCCCACUUGUGUAUGUUUUUAUAUAUUAAACAUUUAACACAUUUUGAACAAGGGAACCUCACUUCAUUGGCUUUCGUUCAAGUGAAACCAACCUUUGAUUAGAGUUAUUUGGUUUGAAUCUAUUCAUUUGAUUUCCUGGGAGGAUCCACGAUGUCUCUGCAUAGUCCCAUUGACUUUAGUGGGAUGCUGCACACGAUGUGUCUCAGUCAGAUUACAGGAUUGACGUAUUUAUAGGUAACAAAAGAAUCAUUAACAGAGGAACAUUGGUUAAAGUAUAAAUGUAAUUGCCCCCAGCAGAGAAAUUUAAGCAGGAUUCUGUAGAACUCCAUAGGGAUAAUGGGAAGGAGGAAUGAGUAGCCAUAGCACAAAUAAACUUCAGAGGUGGGAAAGUGCUUCUUGGCAAUUGUGCUUCCCUUGUCAAGGUCAUGGGUCGAGGGGAAAGGAUGAAAGAGCCUAUCUAGUGGCAGAUAAUCGGACCCCACACAACCACCUCUAAAGAGUCACUGCACAAAGAGGCUUCAUUGUAGAUAUGGAACCAUAUAUAUCCAGGUGUCACCUCCCUGAAAAGCAAUACCAGAGUAAUUGCAUUACAUAUGGAUCCUCCACUCUGGCAGAAUAAUAGAUAGGAUUUGGGCAAUACUAAGUGUGCACUUUUACACGGGCCUAGACCCUGAGCUGGUAAAACUCAGUGUAACUCCAUUGAAGUCAAUGCUCGUUUACAGCAGAUGAUUUUUUUUUAAUAUAACCCCUCACAUUAUAAUGCUGCCUUCCCUUUAGAACAAAUGCAACUUGAUACAAAAAUAAAGUUAUGCAUAUGGCAAUCAAAAGUGCUAAUUAAUAACAUGUUUGUUGACUAUCAGCAAAAAGUUGGCAGUUUCAAAGGAACAAGAUCAAUGAUCAUUUUCCUGAAUCAAGUAGAGAAGCUGGAAAAAAGAAACUAUAAAGCAAACGCUUCAUCUGAUGUAUGCGUAGUGUCAUUCGAAAUUCAUUUGCAAUCUUCCUGUCUCCUUUGCUUUUGUUUUAAGCUCCAGGGCUAUCAAUAAAAUAAGAUGUUUGGCUCUAUCAUAUACCGUAUUGCACCACUUAAAACUUAUAUAAAAAUAAUCCCAGCCCCUGAAAUCUCCAGUCAUUCUCCAGCCCCUUGCAAAUUUCUGAUUUUUGGCUCACGUUUUACUGACAAAGGCUAGAACAUUUUACAGGUGUAUUAUUUAUCCCCCUUAGAGAAUGUGCACAAAAUUGUCAAAUGGCACAUUUUCAUGGUUUCAAGAAAAUCUAUCUGAAUAUUCUAACCGUUUUAAAAGAGAAGGCCAUCCACACUGGAUUAGAAAAUUAAGGUUUCAUAUAAUGAAUGGUCAAUGCUUGUUUGCCAAAGAAACACAAGGUCAAGUUUUGCUUCUGUUUACACCUUUGUAACUCCCGUAGGAUAAUGGGUGUAACUGAAGACAGAAUAUGUGAUCCUGAGAAUAUCUAAACUUUAAUCAAGGAAACUUCACAGAUUGGGAAUUACAGUUUCUUAUAUGAAUACACUUAAAAAUCUAAUAUGAGAGUAUAUAGCAUAGUAGUCAUUUUGCUGUAAACCAUGCCAAACUCACUUUACACAUUUUAUUGGUGCUAAACAUUAAAACAAAAAAGAAAAUAUGCAUUGCAUUUACAUUGUGUAAAUGCAACAUUCCAUUAUUUUUAUGCAUAUUGCAAAUUGACUAUCUCUUCUAGUGAGUUUACCUGCAGUAAACUAACUUUCUGAUAAAUGUAAUACUCAUAUGUGGUGAUACCGUUCCCAUCUUUGUGCACCUUGAAUAUUGUGGUGAAUAAAUUUAGAAUGUGAUUUAUCAGGUGAAAAUGGAAAUCAGCAUUACAUAUAAUCUUACUAGCAUUUAUCUGUAAAAAGAACCAGGAUAUUAUAGAUGUACUCAGAGGGUUAACAGAAAAGCACAAGGCAUGCUGACUACAUUGAUGUAUCCAAACUGCUUUGCUUUUUUAGCCAGUGUUUGCUAAUUUUUCAGAAAAUUCUUGGAAAAUUUAAGGUUUAAAAUAAUUUAAGUGUUGUUGUUCAAGAAUUUCUAUAACCAAAUUAAUCUUAUUUUUAGUUUAACUUCUCACAGGAAUCAUAGGUAUCAUUAAUGCCGUGUAAGUCUGUUAGUUAUAAAUUCCACUAAUUCCACAAGUGAUUUCAGAUUUUUUGUUAAGUACUUAAUAUAGAGCCUACAAUGGUGGCAUAGGUGACUGAGACCGUCUUUCUUUGUAAUUUCAAGAGAGUCCUAAGAACCAGCUUUUCAGUUUGGUAGUGUACUAGUGAGGGAAAAGCAAUCUCAUUACAUGCAUUGUGUAAAUCUUUGUAGAUGAGAACUGUUCAUAUGAAUGAACACACGUUUUUUUUCUUGACAUUGUAGCAGAAACUGUUUACUUGUUAAUGAUCAACCAAUACAUUAAUUUGCUUCAGACUGUUACAGGGAAAAGUGAGAUUCUAGUAAUUGAAAAUGUUAUUGCUUUACAGUAUCCCUCAUCUAAUUUAAAUGUGGUGCAUACUACAAUAAGCAAAGCCAAACCUGUGAAUAAACUACUUAAAAA